AUGUCGACGGCUGCACAACUUCAACUUCCUGAAGAGACGUUCCAGCAUCUGAAGCAGGAAUUAAGCGCCAAAUUGGCGGAGAUGAACGUGACGGAGGAUUCCGAGUAUGUUGCGGAGUUUAUUCUAGUGUUGAUCUCCAACGACAAGAGCCCCAUGAACAUUAUGGAGGAGUUGAGCGCGCUUUUUGGCGAUAUAAUCACGCUUGAGUUUAUCCAGAGUGUUUUUGGCGAGAUCCAGAGGCUCAGGAACCCAAAUUUCAGCGCACAACCAGCGGAACCAGCACAGCAACCUGUUGCGCCAGAACCUACCGAGAAACAACAAGUCAGAUUUGACGAUGGGUCUGAGUCUGAUGGAAUGGAGGGUGUGAACCGCAGUGCCCCUCCUUCGGGACCUCGUUCGUUUGCAAACCGCAAAGGUGGAGAAGGUAUCUCGAAGUCAUCUCACAGUAAUGGAAAGAAGAACUUUGCCUUGAAAAAUCAACAGAAUUUCCUUCAGGCAAUGAACAUGGCCAUGACAGGCAACGGACAGGUGAGCAAUUUUGCUACACGUAAGGCGAACGGAAGGUGUAAAGAUUUUCCUCAUUGUCCUUUGAAGAACUGUCCGUUCAUGCAUCCUACAAAGCCAUGUUUUGCGUUCCCAAACUGUCCAAAUGCGCCGGGAACUUGCAGUUACUUGCAUCCUGGCGAGGAUGACGAGCUGAUUGCAGAGAUCGAGAAAACGAGACAAGAAAGACUUUCCAAGCUACAGAGCAACGGAAACCCACACAGAAUGAACCACGGUCCGAAGGUUGCUGGAAUCACGCUGUGCAAGUUCGGUGCUGUGUGUCAGAAAGAGGACUGUCCGUUUGGACAUCCUACGCCGGCCAAUAAAGACGCUAAAGUGAUCAUUUUACAAUGGUGUAUUGAUAACAAAAAUUGUGCCAACCCGGAGUGUCAAAAAGCGCACUCUUCGCCAAAUUACAAGCCGAACGAGACUCAGCAGGCCUCUGCGGGUCCGGAGAAGACGUUGGAGCAGUGCAAGUUUGGAGCCCUCGUCAGCGUAGACAUCCAAAGGAGAGUCGGAAAGAGCAAACUCCUUCCACAAGUUAGGAGUCAAGAAACCGUAAGUAGAACCGAUGGCAGCGAAACAAGCCUUCAAGGUGUUCUCGGUAGUUCUGGUGGAACCGGAGGAGGUGGUGUAGAUGUCCUCGAUACCAGCAAAUUGCAAGAUGGUCUUGACAGCUGGGGAGGCAACGAUACCGGAACCUCUUGGAGCAGGAAUCAAUCUAACGUUGACGGAACCACACUUACCAGAACACUUGUUAGCGAUGGAGUGAGGAGCACCAAGGUUGGAUCCCCAGUAACCUCUUCUGACUGGAAUCAAGGCCAACUUGGCGAUGAUGAUGGCACCUCUGAUGGCAGUGGCCAACUCCUUGGCAACCUUGAUACCAAGACCAACGUGACCGUUGGAGUCACCAACAACAACAACAACCUUCAUUCUGGUUCUUUGACCAGCUCUGGUCUGCUUUUGCACAGAAAGAACCUUCAUCACCUUGUCCUGGAGACCUGGAACAAGCUCGUCGAUGAUUUGGUACUCUUUCACUGGCAAAGAGUGGAGGUAAAUCUCCUCAAUAGAAGAAAUCUUCUUGGCCUUCACGAGUCUUCCGAGCUUGGUGACUGGAACCCAGCUCUUCUCCUCAUCUUGACCUCUUCUGCCUCUUCUUGGGCCUCUUCUUGGACCGCCUUGUCUUGGAGCACCGGACAUGUUUAA